AUGGGGGGAGCUGUGAAAUUGGAGCUCCAUUGUUGUUCGCAAAGAGUGGAUGGCAUUGCUGUUGAUCCUGAACCUGAUUGGAGCUUUGAUGCUCUUGUCUCAGAACUCAAUGCUUUGGAAACGAAACUCGCUACUACUUCUACCAAACCUUCGUCUCUCAAUAAAACAACAUCCCGUGGGAAUGAAAUUGAGAGAGGUAGAACUUUCACAUUGCAUGCACAUGAAUAUGAGAUGGAAGACUCAGAAAGUGAAGACGAUUAUGUUAAUGAUGACAGAGCUUUAGCAGUAGCUGGCAAACGAAUCACUUGUGAUGAACUUUAUCUGAGUGACAGUGAUGAUUCUGAUGUUAUGUCUACUUUUGAAGGGCAACCCUACCUGAUGGAUGAAGUGGAGGAGGUAGAAGGUGCCUUGUUUGAGUUGACCCACGAGCACCAGCUAAGGGUUAAGGAUGAAAUAAGGAGUAAGAUCUCAGUGUUGGAGACAGCUCUGGUGAUGGAAAGUGAAAACUCUACUUCUUCCCUUCUGCGAGUGGAGAAAUAUAAAGAAACAAGGCGGGAAUUGGAUAAAAAGUUUGACACUCAAUAUCAGCGUCGCAUUGCAGAAGAACUUGAUAAUCACUUGACAGUUGUUCAACAGGACCGUGAACGUAGAUCACAGAUAGAAGAAAGGAAAAUAAGAAAUGAUGCAGCCAAUGAAGAAGCCAAGAGAAAGAUUGCUUUGCAGGAGGAAAAGCAGCAGCAAGAAAAGGCUAAAGCUGAAGCAGAGGCAAAACUUAGAGCUGAAGAAGCAAAACAAGCUGCAUUGGAAGCUGAGAGAAAAGCAGUAAUGGAAGCCAACACAAAGGCAGCAAUGGAAGCUGAAAAAAGAGCAACAGCAGAAGCUGAAAAAAGAGCAGAAAAGGAGACCAUAGGAAAUUCGAAAAGGGUUACUUCUGGAGUGACCCAACAAGAAGCUGCUGGGCGUUCAACAGAUUCUGCAUCAAGCCUAUCCAAUGUGGAAACCAAGGAAUCUGGUAUAGGUUUGCCUUUUUCACAUUUUGAACUGUGUCAGUUUUGUAGUUUACCUGCUUCUCCAGAUCUAAUAUUGCUUUGGCUUCCAUUUAGUAAUGUGUAUCAAGCUGCUGCAAGUGCUUUAAAUCUAGAGCAUGGGAGGCUACAGAAACUGAAUGAGCUAUGUGAGAGAAACCAAUUGAUAAGAUCAAGUUCUAAUAGGGGGGUACUAACUUUUCUAGUAGCACGCACUGAUGUUGGUGUUGUGUUGAUAUUUUUUCAGGAUUUUACCCGCCAUGAGAAUCAUAUUUUCCGGAAUAUAAAGACAAUUAGGGGCAGUAGAGACAGUGUGAGAUCAAAAGCAAGUGAGUUGAUUAAACUUUUGAAUGAUCCUCAAUAUCCUCAAUCAAUCAGCGUGGAGACAUUUGCUAAAACGGUCAUUUCAAACUCUAAAGCCCCUGGUAGUGCUCCGUUUGCAAGUGCCUAUGUCAUUGUCCUUGUUACAUCUCAGGUCCCACAUGCAAUGGAUAUUUUGCUAGCUGAGCUUCACAGGGUGUGCCCAUACACUGUCCCAAAACAUAUGGUUUACAAAAAGUCUACCUUUCAUUCAAGAGAGGCAUACCUCAAAAGCAUUGGUUAUUGGGAAGAAAAUGGAAAGAUGGAGAAUACAGAAGAUUAUUUACAGCGGUUAGAAUCGUAUGUGAAGAUGUAUGCUGCACUGGUUCAGACUGAGGUUCCUAAGGUUCAGAAUUUGCAUGGCUUACAACAUGGUUGGGCAUGGCUUGCCAGGUUCUUGAAUGCUCUUCCAGCCAAUCAAUAUACAGCUGUUUCGCUCGAUGCAUUCUUGCGAAUGGCUGGAUUUGCUCUCUUUAGAAGAUAUAAAUCUCAAUUCCUAAAGAUGUUGAAUGUCAUCUCAGAGAACUUUUUAGUUGAUAUAAAAUCACUAAAUGCACCAGAAUUGAGAAAGACUGUUGCAGAGAUACAGACUUAUAUAGAAGAUAAGAUGUUCCUUCAAGAGCCAGAAGGAAGGAGCCUGCAAACUAAUUUGUUAUCGAAGGAAUGUGUUGUUCGUUGAAGAUUGAAUAUCUUCUUUUUGUUAAUGUUUUAGUAAGUUGGUUGAAGAAAGUUUAGGGAAAUCGAGGGCUGUUUUCAUUCCAAGGUUGCAUUUUCAGAAGAAAAGGCAUAUAAAUGAAGGUAUCUGUUAAGUCAACUUUCGUGUAUUUUAUAUCUGAUGAAGAAGUUAUAAUUUAUCCCAUUCUUCCAAAGUAGUUACUAGGUUAUGUUUGAUUUUGUUAUUGUUGUAAAAACUGGAUCGGUUGGUCUAACCAUUCGAAUCAGGAAUUGGUCAACUGAUUGGUCUAUUUGAAGGAAAAAAAACCGGUAGACCACAGAAUUGGUGAGAACUGUAAAGAACUAAUCGAAGUUGUAAAAACUGAUAUAUUGAACUCUGUUUAGAAUUGGGCAUAUUUUGAAAGUUUCAUAUUUAAACAAGUUAGAAUCA